AUGGCUUCCUCCUCCUUGAACUGCCACAACAGCCACUCCCUCAACGGCUGCUCCAACCCCAAUUCCACCCCUACCAAGAAACCAAAACUUUCUUUUAUUUCUGACUCUGAAAUCGAAUCAGAGUUUUCCCACCAUGACCAAAUCAUCGCUCGGAUCAACAAUGGCAGUUUUGGCAGCUGCCCUCAAUCUGUCAUCUCUGCCCAACAAAAGUUUCAGCUCCAGUUCCUCCGCCAGCCUGAUAACUUUUACUUCAACACACUCAAACCUUCCAUCCUUCACUCACGCUCCAUCAUCAAAUCUUUGGUAAACGCUCAUUCUGUUGACGAAAUCUCCCUUGUUGACAACGCCACCACUGCUGCUGCUAUUGUUUUGCAAAACUGUGCAUGGGGUUUCGAUGGAGGGAUAUUUAAUAAAGGAGAUGUUGCUGUCAUGUUGCAUUAUGCUUAUGGUGCUGUCAAGAAGUCUGUUCAGGCUUAUGUCACGCGCGCCGGCGGGGAAGUUAUUGAGGUACAGUUGCCUUUCCCUGUUGGAUCAAAGGAAGAGAUUGUGAGUGAAUUUAGAAAGGCUUUAGAGAAAGGGAAAGAAAAUGGGAAGAAGAGAGUUAGGUUGGCUGUGAUUGAUCAUGUUACUUCAAUGCCUAGCGUUGUUAUUCCUGUUAAAGAAUUAGUUAAGAUUUGUAGAGAAGAAGGUGUUGACCAGGUUUUCGUUGAUGCUGCUCAUGGAAUUGGGUGCGUUGAUGUUGAUGUGAGAGAUAUUGGGGCUGAUUUUUAUACCAGUAAUUUGCAUAAGUGGUUUUUUUGCCCUCCUUCUGUUGCCUUUUUGUAUUGCAGGAAGAGAGGAGAGGAAGGGAAUAUGGGUGAUCUGCAUCUGCAUCAUCCUGUUGUGUCCCAUGAGUACGGUAAUGGAUUGGCUGUAGAGAGUGCUUGGAUUGGGACUAGGGAUUAUAGUGCUCAAUUGGUGGUUCCUGCAGUUUUGGAGUUUAUUAACAGGUUUGAAGGUGGGAUUGAGGGAAUUAAGAGGAGGAAUCAUGAGAAAGUUGUGGAGAUGGGGGAGAUGUUGGUGAAAGCUUGGGGGACCAGUCUGGGGUCUCUGCCAGAGAUGUGUGCAAGUAUGAUUAUGGUUGGAUUGCCUGCUUGUUUGGAGAUUUCGAGUGAGUCAGAUACUUUGAAGUUAAGGACGCAUUUGAGGGAUCAUUUCCAGGUUGAAGUUCCUAUUUAUUUUAGGGCUCCAAUUGAUGGAGAGGUUAGUUCAAUUACUGGCUAUGCUCGGAUUUCUCAUCAAGUUUACAACAAGGAUGACGAUUAUUACAGGUUUAGGGAUGCUGUUAACCAAUUGGUCAGCGAUGGCAUCACUUGUGCAUCUCUCUCAAACUGA